GCUCCCUGAGCGGGGGAUUGCCAGGGCAGGUCCUGCGCGCUUGAGGUUCGUGCGUCAGCCCCUUCUGCAGCCCCCGGGACUCAGCCUCGGACAGGAGCCCCUGACGUUUUCAGUUGAGACGCACUCUUGUGCAGAGUGGCCCCCGGGGUCUUAAUGUGGCCAUGGAUCUUGAUAAACCCUCUGUGUGGGGCUCAUUCAAACAGAGGACCCGGCCUUUGUUACUCAACCUGAGCAAGAAGAAGGGGAAAAAGAACCCAAACAAAGCCCUAGACGUAAGGGACAGGCACCGCCUGGACCGUCGCCUCAGCCUGUCCGUCCCUGACCUCCUGGAGGCCAAGGCCUUGGCCUCGGAGGGCCGGCCUUACUCUGGGCCCCAGUCAUCCUACAUCUCCGUGCCCAGCAGCCUGUCCACCGCCGGGAUCUUUCCCAAGAGCAGUAGCAGCUCCUUGAAACAGUCUGAAGAAGAACUGAACUGGAGCCAGGAGGAAGCAGGCCACCUCCAUGUGCUGGAAACAGACUCCGAGGAGACUUUCGCCUCCCCCGCCGAGGACCGGAGGGCCUCUAGCAAUGGCGUGUUUGAUCUGCUCCCAAAGCCGCCCCUCGGGGAGGAGGUGCUGGAAGAGCCAGAGAAGCUGUGUGGAAGUGGGGACCUGAACUCUUCUAUGACAUCCCAACAUUUUGAAGACCAAUCUACUCUCGGGGAAGCCGCUGAUGGCUUGGGCAACCUCCCCAGCCCUUUCGCCUACCUGCUCACCAUCCACCUGAAGGAAGGCCGGAACCUGGUCAUCCGAGAUCGCUGUGGCACCAGCGAUCCCUACGUGAAAUUUAAGCUGAACGGGAAGACCCUGUACAAAAGUAAAGUCAUAUAUAAGAACUUGAACCCAGUUUGGGAUGAAAUCGUUGUAUUGCCAAUCCAAAGCCUUGAUCAAAAGCUACGUGUAAAGGUAUAUGACCGAGACCUAACUACAUCCGAUUUCAUGGGCUCUGCAUUUGUCAUUCUCAGUGAUCUUGAACUUAACAGAAUGACCGAACACGUUUUAAAAUUGGAAGACCCGAACAGUUUAGAAGAUGACAUGGGAGUGAUUGUGUUAAAUUUGAACCUCGUUAUAAAGCAGGGUGAUUUCAAGAGACAUCGUUGGUCAAAUCGGAAGCGGUUAAGUGCCAGCAAGUCCUCUUUGAUACGCAACCUGCGGCUCUCAGACUCCUUGAGAAAGAACCAACUCUGGAACGGGAUUAUAAGUAUAACACUAUUGGAAGGGAAGAAAGUCUCAGGAGGCAACAUGACAGAGAUGUUUGUCCAGUUCAAACUGGGAGAACAGAGGUAUAAAAGUAAGGGUCACGGAGACCCCUCAGACACUUCUCCGACAUCUGUCACCGCUGUGACAUGCCAGCGCCUGGCCAACACCCCUUGGUGCAAAGUGGACAUCGCGGCCCUCCCACUCCGGCAAGUCAACUUCUUGGAGCUGCCGCUGGACAGCUGCCCAGGGUCUCUCCUAACGCUGGUCACACUAACUCCCUGUGCAGGGGUCUCCAUCUCGGACCUGUGUGUGUGCCCCUUGGCAGACUCCAGCGAGAGAAAGCAGGUUGUUCAACGAUAUUGCUUACAGAACUCCCUGAAAGACAUGAAGGACAUCGGCCUGUUACAAGUGAAGGUUUUAAAGGCAGUAGAUCUCUUAGCAGCAGAUUUCUCAGGGAAGAGCGACCCUUUUUGCUUGUUGGAGUUAGGCAAUGACCGGCUUCAGACACAUACCAUUUACAAAACCCUCAACCCUGAGUGGAACAAAGUUUUUACAUUUCCCGUUAAAGAUAUCCAUGAUGUUUUGGAAGUGACAGUGUUUGAUGAAGACGGAGAUAAGCCCCCCGAUUUUCUUGGAAAAGUUGCCAUUCCCUUGCUGUCCAUUCGAGAUGGACAAACAAAUUGUUACGUCUUGAAGAAUAAAGAUUUAGAACAAGCUUUUAAAGGAGUUAUUUACUUGGAGAUGGACCUCAUAUAUAAUCCCGUCAAAGCAAGUAUUCGGGCCUUCACUCCCAGAGAAAAGCGCUUCGUUGAAGACAGCCGCAAGCUGUCCAAAAAGAUCUUAUCAAGAGAUGUAGACCGUGUGAAAAGAAUCACCAUGGCGAUAUGGAAUACAAUACAGUUCCUUAAAAGCUGUUUCCAGUGGGAGUCCACGUUGAGAAGUACAGUAGCAUUUGUGGUGUUUUUGGUCACGGUCUGGAAUUUUGAACUGUACAUGAUCCCCCUGGCGUUGCUGCUGCUCUUUGUGUACAAUUUCAUCAGACCCACGAAAGGGAAGGCCGGCAGCAUCCAAGACAGCCAGGACAGCACAGACAUUGAUGAAGAGGAGGAGGAAGAUGACAAGGAAUCUGAGAAAAAGGGCUUAAUUGAAAGAAUAUAUAUGGUACAGGAUAUUGUUUCAACAGUUCAAAACAUCUUGGAGGAAAUAGCUUCUUUUGGAGAAAGAAUUAAAAACACAUUUAACUGGACGGUCCCAUUCCUUUCAUUCCUGGCCUGUGUGAUCCUGGCGGUCGCCACCAUCACGUUGUAUUUCAUUCCACUUCGGUACAUCGUUUUAAUCUGGGGCAUAAAUAAAUUCACUAAGAAGCUUCGAAAUCCCUAUGCCAUCGACAAUAAUGAACUACUAGACUUCCUCUCCAGGGUACCGUCGGAUGUUCAAAAGGUGCAGUACGCGGAGCUGAGGCUCUGCAGCAGCCAGAGCCCCCUUCGGAAGAAGCGCAGCGCUCCCUAGGACGCGCACCGACUGUAGACACCAGCGCCUGACUCUGGGUUUGGGUGAUUGGACCAAUAUACCGUUCUUUCAGUGAUACCCGGGGUGUUCUUCUGAAAUGCCACGUGUACCACGCUGUUGCGUAGCACCCUCUCUGUACCCUACCCCCAUCUUCAAGCGCACAGAUGCACACACGCACACACACGUGCACAGGUGUCCUAAUUGUGCAGCGGGUCGGCCCAGCCAAAGAAGACAAUCCAAAGACUGUGAACAACUAAUACCCCUUGUCCUAUAGGAGACCAGGCAAAGAUGCUGUGGGUCUGAACACCCUCCUUGAGAACAGCCCGGAGACCACUUGGAUUCCAGAGUGACUUUGAACUUGUUUUCACAUCUCCAGCAGAUUCUCAUUAAGAUUCACUCAUUUUGAUUCCCCACCUCCACACUCCUUUCAGGUUAUUGUACAUGUGAGUCCAUUUUUUUUUUUUUAUGAGUUGACAAGUCUUUGAUAGCUAUCGUUUACCCAAAUAAUGUAUAUUAUAAACAGAUUUUUAACUAAUUACCAGGAUAAGCCUGAAUUUUUGAGAAUUGUUCAGCUGUGAUUAUGGAAGACCUGCAUAAAAUUUCGGUAAAGAUGUCGGUGCUGGAUGCCAGCCAACCGGCGUGGCAUUGCUGGCAGUGGAUGGCCCGGGAAGGUCCAAAGGGAACGCUCAUCUGAAAAGUGAAGGUUUCGUGGAAGUAUUUGGUGGCCUUCAAACUACAUUUCUUCCCAGUUUACUUUUUGCUUAUUUCCAUAAUAAAAUAUCAAUACUAUAGCUCCAGAAAGCGGGAGGGAAUGAAUGAAUGAAUUCUGAGACUACUUAGAAAGGUCAGGACCGAGGAGCAAGGAACGAAUACAGGUGGCUGCUUACCUCAUUGUCAUAAUCACCCUAUUCCACUGCUUUUUUGAAGCAGAAAGUGAAAAUACUUCAGCAGUCCAAACGGAUCUUUUGUUCCUCUUUUGGGCACAUAAGCUACCCAUAAUAAAAAUAUAUCUCUGAGCCCCAUUCCUAGAAAAGUAACACCUCACAGUCUUCCUUUGAGAGUAUCUGAUUUCUUCAGACCCACCAUUUCACAGUAACACCACCAACCCCAAGUAAAAAAAUCCCAAUUUUGUGCACAUCUAUGACAUAUGCAGAUUUCUUUCUAUUCAAAUGACAUGUAAGUUGUAAAGACUAAUUUGUUGUUACAUACUUUGGAUGUGCAUAUAUAUAUAUACAUAUAUA